CACACACACACUGGUGAAACCUGCUUAAGGGCUCGACAGGCCAGCCGGAGAGGAGAUCCGUCUGGUGCUUCCCUCAUGGUGCUCGGUGCAUGUGGCUAUUGUGCAGUCGCUCAUGUGUGGAUAAAUGUCUUUUCCACCAGAUCGUGAUGAUAUGGCCGUAAAGCUUUAUUAACAGCGCACAGAAUAAGGUUGGAUUACGAUUCGGACAUUGGAUAAACACUCGCGUCGGUUUUUGUUACAUCCAUAGCGCGCCACGCGUUUCUGGUUUGGAGAUGAGCAGGGCGUUUAUCCAGGAACGUUUUAUUUGUUGCUGCUGCGCUUUUGGGCACCGUGCGUGGUUUCACCCACCAGAGCUCAGAGAACUUAUUCACAAGGCAGAAAGUCCUGAAACUCUGAAACUAGAAAGUGCAGAUUCAGUCAGGCCCAUGGUGUUGGCAACAGAUGUGAUUUAUAUUUUUAUCAAUGAUAUCUGAUGAUGUAGACCUUUAAUGAUAUAAUCGUAGCAAGCAGGUAGUAAGUAUUACAAUAUACAAGUAGGUUUAUGGCUUUUAGAGGAUCUAAUAUGACUAAAACAGUUGAAUGCUGCAGCAUCGUUGCAAUAUUUUAAUAGGUUGAAAUGUUAGAAUAGUGUGCAGAUACAUAGGAUUUUAGUGUGUGUUUAUAUUGACAUUUAAAAUAAUCUUGACUGAAGAUGCUUUGGUGAUAUCGCCAGGCUUCGGCUAUGUUUACAUGUACUUUAAAACAAAUGAUAGUGUCCACUUAGCGUGCUUUGUUUAUCACACUAUGCUAUCAAGUAUUGUUAAGGGUGCAGGUGUUAAACAAAUCAGGGCAAAGAGACCAAUACUUGCACCCUAGAACAUGUUCCUUAAGGCAGAUAUUCACCCUAAUCAGACAACCCUGCUGCUAUGGACUAUUUUUAUCUUUGAUAGUUUAAGGUUCCCAAAUUACUGCACAGCAUGGUACAACUUUGAACCUGCAUGUGGCUGUUUAGUAUGUGAUUGUUCAACUGGAAAAUUAUUUUGCCAUUGCAUAUUGACCGAGGACCUGCGGUCCACGUUUAGAUGCAGGGAUGAUUCUGCUGUACGCACGUGGUAAAGUUCAUCAAAAAUCAAUUCAGAUUAGGCCUAAUUACCAUCACCACCUCUGAAAGCUACAACACUGUACCUGAAUAGCUCAAUAGAGAUGGCCAGUCUAACCUUGAGGAUGAAUAUGAAUGAGUAACUAGGACAUUAGAACAGAUAACAAAGUGGGUUAUACAGAACAAAAAUAAAAUGGAGAAGAAAAAAGAUUGGCCUGAAGUUGACAGAAUUGCCUCUUAUAUUUCCACAAAAAAGUUGCAUAGCCUUAUGACAGAUAUUAUUUCUAAAACAUAAUAUAUAUUUUUCCAUAUUGUCCCACACAUUAUUAUUACUGUCUCUGUUCCCUGAUAAAAAGUGUUCCAGGUAUCAUUGGCCUUUACCAGAGUGGCUUUUAAGUGCAACAGUUUAAUGAUGUCACUGUAUGAUUCAGUCAGUUUAAUGAUGUGUCACUCUAUUCAGUCACUGAGUCAGCUCGUCAAACCAAUGUGCAAGUUUGGUCAGUCAACAAACCCAUUACCUUGCCAGUCAUACAGCCAGUCAGGUGGCAAGAUAUCCAUUCAGUCAUUAAUACAUCCUGCAAAUCAGCUAGCAAAGUCAGUCAGUGAUUGUACAGCCAGAAAAUCAGUGUCGGGUAGUCAAUACUCAAGUUAGCUAGUUAUGCAGUGACGCUGUGGACAGAUAUGUUAACGGAAGCCACGAACCAGCUAUUAAGUACACCUGUCUUAGCUAAACAGAUGUCUUGCUGUGUCAGUGGUGAAGGUGAACGCCAUGAGUUUCCAGCACAGCUCGAGCUGUCAACAAAGGCCUACUUUCUGUAUUUUGUGUUAUAAAAGGCAGUGACGAUGUACAGAGGAUCUCUUCAAUAGGUUGUUAUCGUUACAGUCUUCCCUCAGCAUAGAUAGGAUGGGAUUAGAUGAUUGUUUUUUCAUCUUUUUUCAAGGAUUUUUGCCUUGCUGUUUCAUGUUGACAUCACCAUUCACUGUUCAGUGCCAGUGUUCAAUUAUACGUUUACAUGUGGUUUUAGAGACUCAUAUGCUACGCAUCCACACCUGGCCUGAAAAUGCCCAUUAUGCAUCUCCCAUGGCUAUAUUUAUUUAAAUCUAUGUUCGUGUCCCUCUUCCACACUCUGCUGCUGCUGCAUCUCUUUACAUGGCUUUAAUGAGUCUGUGUGCCUGUAGUGUACAAUGCAGGAUUUACUUUGACAUCUGGUUUUGAGGAUCCAGUGUCAAUUUUAGCCAAAUCCAAUUGUUGUGUACACUGUGUGCUGCCACAGGGCGUGUUCUGGCUUGAUUGGGUGAUGAAAGUUAUCACAGCAAAACACAAGUAGAGCUUAUUGCAGACCUUGAAACAGCAUAUGUUUCAGUCCAGUAAACUUUGUUGGGCAAUGAAAUCUGGGCAGAAACUGAAAUGUUGGUGUUGGUAGACUGAAUGGUAUUUUUAUAAGUUGGUGUAAAAAAAAUCUGUGUAAUUUGUGUGUUGGUUUUCACCUCUCAGAUAUUUCUCCAUUUGCAAUCACGUAUGUGUGGAAAAUGAUUUGUCGCCACAGUGAUUAAUGUUUGGGAGUUAUCCUAAUAAGGACCAACUGGUAUGUGUUUGUAAGUGAGAUCACAUGUCUUUUCAUGGGCACAUGCCUAUUUAUAUGUUGCCACAUAGGACAUUACAGUCCCCAACAGUGAGAUUAAACAGUUGCCUUUAAAAGUCAGUGUGGUGCCACUGAAAACUCUCCUGAAGUGGUUAAGUCCACCCAUUUUAUUUAUGAUUACAUUUAUGUUUUUACAGGUAGUCAGCUAAGUUAAGCAUGCAUAACUUUUUCAAGUGUUGUUUGACAUUUGUAUGUCAUUCGCGCUGUGGUUUAUCUCAGGAAGUCAGACCUCAGUCCUGCCAAACUCAUAUUGGUGUGCAGAAAAUUGAGAAUUGGGAUAGUGAAGCCUUUUCAGAACAUGAGGCAGCCAAUUGAUUGGAUGAAAGUUUUAAAAAUGCCCGCUUUUGGAAACAGCUAAUCGGGUUGUUUUUUUGUUUGUUUGUUUGGCACAGAGAAGCCAUAAUGUAAUUUCAGUUAAUGCAGGGUUAAUUUGUUUAAGAUGAGAUGGAUAUGCAACAAUGCGUCAAGACUUCACCUUGCUCUCCGUUAAGCUGCAGCAUGUUUUUUGUGACACAUGCUUUUAAUGCUGAGUUGAAGAUUUUACAUACUAGCACAUGUAAGUAGAACUUACACCAUCUAUUUUUAUAUUUCAGUUUACUACAGUUUCUAAAAUGUCAGUGUGUGUAUGUACUAAAUGCUAAAACAUUGGCAUUUUUAUCAUGUGUGACUGAACACUGACAGAGUACAGUAAGCUUAAUUUCCUAGAUUGACAACAUUAGGAGAACCAGAAAUCACAGCACAUGAACUUUAUCAUUCAGUGAUACUGUGUGUUGAAAAUGCCCUAAAGAACAGGUGAAAAGGUACGUUUUUAACCACUGGGGAACUCUGUCAGUAGGCCACAUCAUUGUGCACAUCCUCUCUUGUGGUCAGGUGAUAUUACUGGUGUGUCGACACAGCCAGCAGUCAGCAUCAUGUCCGAGAGUGUGGAGUCCCUCCAUUAGGAGGAAGUCCUGUCAUACCGCCUCCGUACAGCCAUCAGAAAUAACUAUGAGAAAGCAGUGGCUGGUUGUAGAGUCAAUAGGACUGUGCUGCAUGUAGACAUUUGUUGUCAUACAUAUAUGCUUACAUACACACAUUCUUAUAGGGUGAAACAUGACAGACUAAUGUUUCUUUAUUGGUUGAGCAGCAAAGAAGCUGAAGUCUGACUUCGUGACAGAUGAGAAAGUUUCGCUCUUUUGACAUGGAUUUAGCUCAUCUGUUCCCUCUGAAAGAGCAAAUGAGGAUUUGUCUCCAAAAAUAAGAGUUGUUCCCAUAUGGGAAAAGCUUUGAUAAACUGAUUGCUGGCUGGUACAAACAGAAAUCACUAUGAUUUAUCACUGAAGAUAGAACUUAAACAUAUUUGCUUAUAAAAUAUGUAACAUGAGAGAAGAUAUCAUCAGGUGCAUUUGUGAAAUAUUGCACUAUAUUACAGCAAUGGAUGUUGAGUAUCAUUUGUAAGGAAUGUCAGGUGGUGUUUUUCGCUGAAAAUGGCUUUUAUGUAAAACUCAACUUUUCAAACAUGACAGUGAAUGUUUUCUAUGGGAGAGGAGAAUAUGAUGCCUUAUUAUCAGAAUUUUUGAGAUAUCAAAUUCAGAUUCUUUUUCAAUGCACUUAAGUAUUUUGGUCACAUCUCCUCAUUUCAUUUUUUAACAGAGGUUCAUAUUCAUAUUUUUUCUGCCGUAUUAGCAAUUGUUGCAGUGUUAUGCUGAUCUGCAACAGUUGUCUGUCAAGUAUUCUACUGGGAGGUGAGGAAGGAAAUGUCAUUUUCAGAUAAUAUUUUUUUAUUGAUCAUGUGAAAUUGGUCUCUCAGCUUGUGGAGAUCAGGCAAUAAUUUUCUUUCUCAAAAAGUGCAUCAUGGGACAUCCAGGACUGCUGUAGGCCUCUCUUGUCUGUGAGAUGAGAGGUCAAAGUGGAUGUGUUGAUACUUAAAAUCAGAGGUCAGGAUAUCAGUAAUUUCUGUUUGCUUGAUUCUUAUUUAACACCUAUACAAGAGUAAGUUUAAGCAUGGAGCAGAAUAUAAUGGAUAUUCCAUUGUCCACAGAAGACUUAGGCACAUUUUGACAUUUAGUUUAUCUAGAAUAACUAGAAAACCACACAGAAACGGAGUAAAACUUUAAUUAAUGAUCUGGCAACAUUGGAAGCCUCCAGCAGUAAGCAGUAAGUGAAGUGUAGAUUUGGAGGCUGGACCGAAGAGCCCCAGGACACCUUUGCUCUCAUUACCUGAGUCAGAGUAGAAGUCACUUCACAACUACGUCUGUCUGUUGCCACGGAAACGGGAGAAUCCCUGGUGCCAGUGUGUUAUUUGUGCAUGUGUGUGUCUUGUUUAAGCCCUUGUACUACAUAUAGCCUGUUUAGGAGUAAGUGAAGAAAGUGGUCUGUAUAUGUCAAGAUAGUUAUGCUACACUGGGGUUUUUAAGCCCGAGUCCACACUGGCAGGUUUUUCUGAAAGACUUCUUAACAGAAGUAAUUAGGCUGCUGUUGGUCCUGGAUUGGGAUUUGCAACCGUCUAGAUGCCAUAGCACGCUUUAAAUGAGACUCAGAAUCCUAAGAGAAAUUUAGUUGUUGAUUACCCUAUAAAACAUAGACCGUAGAUGUAAAUUGAGGCAGUAAAGUAACUUUUGUGUUGUGACUGUGACCUAUACAGAGUCAUUCACCUCUGUAAAAGCUCAGUUUAACUGAGAUUUUCCCCUAAUGCAUAGAGCUUUUCAUUGGCAGUUUUUCAUGUAUUCAAGGUAAUCAAUUGUCUAAAAUUACUGAUCUGUAUGUGUUUCCCCUUCCCUGCUUAUUUCUAUUCAGGUUGGCAGGGUGCUAGGAUGCAUCCCAGCAUGCAUUAGGUGAAAGGGCCCCAGAGCUAACAGAUGAGCAAAGAUAGACUGUCAAUUUCUCUCAAGCUCACAAUCACAACUAAUUCCAGUGUAGAGCCUUCACCACAGCUAGAUGUCUUUAGACUGUGGAGGGAAAAUCACACCAAUAAUCAGGGAGAACAUGCAAACUACACACAGAUUUACUCUUUUACUAUGAGAAGAGAGGGGUAAGGGAGGGAUGAGUACACUUGAGUUUAAGUAUUAUACCAACUAAAAUUAACAUAACUUUCUUGAAUGAUGGAAUUGGACCUUUUAAAUGAGGUUGUUUUCUGGCUUCAGUAGUUGCUAGGCUGGACUGACUUUCCGGUCCCAAUUUCCCAUUAUAGUUAAUGGCGAGUGUUAAUCUUUCCCCCUGAUAAAAAUAGAACCUGGAAAGGUGGCAAAUGCAUUAAUAUGGAUUCUCUUAAUUCUGGUUGAUUAUAACUUAUUUUUAUCUAACAGCUCUGUUUCAAAUGAAUUCUGUCUUCAUGACAGCUAAAUUUCAACAAGGAAAACAUCAUGUGUUCAGAAAAGGUUUAGGAAUAAAGUCCCCCAAUUAUACUCCACCUGUAGCUUACUACUUCAUCUUCAUCAUGUCAGCCCCUAGAAAAACCUAGGAAGGAUAAACACAACUUCUUUACCCAUAUUUGAUUUGGACUGGUUUUGUAUUCUACUCCUGACAGACUGAUGUUCCCCUGUCUAUUUGACUGCAGUUUGGCUCGUCUGUAAAAGCUAAAAGCAGCAUCACAGCAAGUCGCCUCUGCUUUAUUGCGCAGUUCUUAAUUGGUUCAUUGUCAAAAGUAGGAGUUCAGAAAUGUCAACCGGAGUUUGAGGAUAAAAGGACUCGCCAGGGUUCUUACAGAGGCCUGGAAAUCUGGAAACGUUUUUGUCUAAAUUCAGGAACAAACUAUGCAGUUUGAAAACGUGAUUAUAAACCUGAUUUGUCUACACAGUCUGCACUGGUCUGUGCAAAACAGGCAAAUCAUUACAGUCGGCUUACAUCUGGUAGUACAAGGAGUCUGAUGAUCUCUUGUGUAUUUGUGCCUAUAACUGUCUACAGUAAUAUCAAACAUGUUCAAAAUUUUGACUUCAGUUUAGGAAAAGUCAUGAUCCUGUAGUUUGAGCUGGUUAAAUUGAUUACAGUGUAUUUGCCUGUGGCUGUGCUCUGCAAAGGCCAGUUGUUAAUUGUGUGAUGGUGAGUGUUUUCAUACUCGGCAAGACUUUAAAAAUCUACUCCUGGCUUUCCUGAAUAUUACUGCAAACAUUAUUAAAAUUAUGCAAAAAUAUUGUUGUUUCAACUUGAUUGACAGUUUAAAUAGAAAUUACUUUUUCCAGUCUAAUUGCCUUGCUACUAUGACUGAAGAUCAUGUUGAACACUAACUAAAAUCGUCAACUUCAGUCAAUAGAGAAGCUGUGAAAACCAAAACACAAUUUCCUUCAAGUGACUUUAGUGAAGAAGAUGUGCGACCCAUAGAUAUGUUCUGACAGACAGAUCACUAAACACAGGAGCAGAAGCUUUGUUUUGCUUUUAAUUUCACGCAACACCCUCUCUAAUCACAGUGAUACCUCUGUAUUCAGGCCCAUACCUGUGUGAUAACACGAUUUACACAGCUGUUACCUUGAAAGGUAUUUAAUUUCCCAUUACAAGGCCUUAAGAGCAAUCUGACCUUUGUCUCUCACACAGUGGCUUCUUGUUGACAUUGUUAAGGCAGACAAUCUGGUUAAUGAAGUUGUUCAUGUUUCGAAAUAUAACCAUCUCACCUGUGGCUCUUGUUUUGAAUACUUUAAAUACCAAGCAGGACUCCAUUUAUGUCCCUGAAUGAAACCCAAAUCACAUCAUUUUUUUAUUAAGAUAUGUGUUAUGUUGGGUCAACCCUUCUGUGGCCUCUUUUCUAUGUUGCUCUGUAACCGAUGUCUUGUUUUUUGGAGACAUCACUAGACUACAAAACUUUUCAAAUAGAAAAACAUUUUAAGUACAAGCUUUGUCUCCCUCUGCUGGAGUUUCAGUGGAACUACAAAUUUACACAUGUGGGCAAAUACACUGUCAGUGUUGGUGUAGGCUCAGGCUCUGCAGAUCAGUUUUUUAAACCAUGAAUUAAAUAGAAGCAUUUUUUCUGUUUCUCUCAGAUUCUCUGAUAUAUGAAAUUUUAGGUUCCCCAUAAGAACAUCUUUUCUAGCGGUUAGCCUGUGUACUCACUACCCACUAUGAUAGUUUAUCAUAAAGUCACAGGAUAAACAAAUGUUUGUCAGCCCUAGGAAGAUGUUAGGAUGAGAUGUGAUUUAAUUUCAAUCAGAUAGUAAUGCUUUACCAUCAUACUCUCACGUUCUGUCCAGUUAUUUGGUGUCUUACUGUCUGCUAAGUGUUGUCUGCUUGUGCAUAAGUCUGUCCAUACAUUUGGGACACCCGCGGCAUGUCGCACCCAAACUGCAUUAAGCAACUAUCACUUGCAGCUCUUCAUCUUACCAGGUCACUGUUCCACUCUUGCAAUGAUUUAAGCUAAUUUACAGACAAAAAAAGAAGCCAAACAUGUCCAUAUUUUGAAGUUUAUAGGUAAUAUUUGUUUUUUUUAUAUUGGUUACAAGUAAGGCUGCACGUAUUGUAUAUAGUAGAUAUAUCAAAGGAGAACAAAUCAGACAACAUUGAGGCUGCUCUGCAUUUCUCAGUGCAUAUGAUACAUAUUAUACCAAGCUGGUGGAAUGGAGCAGUGUGGUGUCAGGUGCAUGAGGCCGAGUUGGACCAAACUGUUUUAACUUAGAUCACCACUAGAGGGCAACAACAAAUGUUAUUCCACCAUUGAUGCUGUAAUAAAAAAGUUAAUAUUAAAAUGAAAUAAAGAAUAUAAUUUCAUGCAUUUUUUUUUACUUAUCAAUAGUUACAUAUACAAUACUUGUUACAUGUGUUUUUAAAUGCUGAUCCACAUGCAGUAUAUAUGCAGUAAAAGUGUGCCUGGCUCUGUAAGGUGUUGUGGGAAAAGCAUAUAUCCAUCAGCAUAAGCUGUGUUAGGGAAGCCAGAGCACUCGUUUUACAUGCACACAGAGACAGUGUGCCUCAUGCAGAGUAAUGGUGCAGGUAACAUGAGUUUAAUUGUCCUGCCAGCUGAAUUAAUAUUGUGGGAAAUGUGUACGAAACGUUACUGUGACCUUAAAAUAUUCACUUCUGUUUUAUAUUUAGGUCCAGGGUUUGGCCUUGUGGUUUCUCAGCACUCUACAACCAGAAAAAAACACACAAAGCUGUAAUGUUUGCUGUGUGUCUUCUGAUGCAUUAUGCAUGCGUCAACAUCGCAUAGAAAUGUUGCUGUUGAUUUUAGUGAUAGUUCUCCAUUUCAUCUAACUUAUCAAUUUUAUCUUUUUAAACAAAAAGAGAUCUGGUUGUUGCAUUUAUGGGUGUUUAAAAUAUAAUUAAUACAAGGCAAUUUUUAUUUUGUAUAGUCCAAUAUCACAAAUCACAGAUUUGCUUCUGGGGGCUUUACAAUCUGUACAGCAAUACAACACCUUCUAUUGUUAGACCCACAAUUCGGACCAGGGAAAACUCCCCAAAACUCCCCAAACUUCCAUGACAGACGUGCAAUAGAUGGCGUGCACAGAAUAGACAAAAAUAGCAAAAUUACAGAAAUACAGCAUGGAAAAAGUAACAGAGCAAACUAAAACUUUCCCACAGUUACCUGCAGUAAGCAAAUCAUUGUAUUGGAAUAUGACGUACGUGCUGACCAACAUGCACGGACACUCACCCAUGUCUGCACAAUAUUUCCAAUCUUUGAAGUUUAGGUUUGCUACAUAGUUCUAUAAUACCUUCUCUAUUGCACAAAGAUAUGCAUGUCUGUUAGUAUUGCUAUUGUCAAAAAGGAUCUAUGUGGGGCAUUACUUAAUUGUUGCCUUAUACUGUAUGACCAUUAUUAUUCUCUUAACUGUAAGUAUGAAAGUAUUGAUGCAGCCAAUGGGUUGUGUGUACAUUCAGUUAGAGUGCAGCUACAUGAAAUGUACAGACAGACUGUCUUUUAAUUAAAGUGAUGUUGUUGCAGGUGACAGCAGGUAAAAACUGAUGCACACAAAUAAGCAUUUACUGUAUAUACAUCCAGAAGAAAUGGUGCUUCAUGCAGUGCGGCCCUUGGCUCAUGUGGAGUGUUGUUGCAGGUUACAGCUGUGUGCUGGUAGUGAACGUGUGGUGCAGCAGGCCAGUCUUGGCAGCAUGGUGAAGGCCCAGAAGUCAACUGGGAGGAAGAGCACUCACUGUCUCCGCAGAGAGAGUGGUGGUCAGACGGAGAUGGAGGAAGGCCAGCUCCAGUCAGACACCCAGCCCUCACCAGAGGCGAAGACCCAUGGAGUGGAAGAGUCCUCUGAUCAAACCCAACUCCAGACUUCGGCCUCAGCUGAGGAGCUGUCUGAGAACUGGGAUCAGACAGAAACUCCAAUGGACAUCCAGGAAAAGGGAGAUUCUGCUGCGCAGCCCAAGGGCAAGCCUCUAUGGAAGCCCAUCCCCCCUCUACUGGAGCCAUCUGAUUCCAACAGGAGCACUACCACUAAGACCAGAGACCAGAGCUGCCAGACUGAGGAGCAGCUUCAACAGUCCAGCGCCAGCUGCCAUGGUCAUAACACAGGUCACUGCGUGGAGCCUGGAGACCCUCCUCUGCUCCAGCAGCCUUUGCAGACCUCCAAAUCUGGAAUUCAGCAGAUAAUUGAAUGCUUCCGUUCAGGCACCAGCCAGCUGAAGCACAUGCUGCUGAGGGAGGUGGACACGAUCUUCGAGUGUAAACUCUGUCGCAGUCUGUUCAGAGGCCUGCCCAACCUCAUCACGCAUAAAGAGUACUACUGCUUAUCACGGCUGCCUGAGUCCGACGGUUCACCGGGUGAUGACAGACAGAGUGUAGCUAUUAAGGAUUUGUUGGAUGCAAUCUAUCCCAGAGUCGACCGGCCAGACUAUGUGGUUCGACUGGAGCCCAUCCAGACCACCACCAAGGCAGUUUUUCAGUACCUCACCACAGAGGAGGAGCUGGCUAGAUAUCCAUCGCACACAACCAGUGCUAGAGAGAGCCCGGUAGUGUGGGAGGGAGAACCAGUGGAGGAUGUUGACAACAAUCAGGCCAGCCAGCCAGGAGGGCCAGAAAGCCCAGGACACAACCAGGGACAGAGAAGAUGGGAGGCUGAAGAGGCAGCUAAAGAGGAGACGCCACAGCCUGAAGAUGAGGGAUCCACUAGUGGGGUUGAGGAUGUGACAAUCUCCUGUUGUCUGUGCGGUCAAGACUUUAACUCACGCCGCAGCAUUAGGCGUCACUGCCGCAAAAUGCACCAGACUAAACUCGAGGAGCUCCGAAAGUUCACGGAGACACGGACAGUUCCCACAAGCCUGCUCUCUAUGGUGAAAGGUCGGCAAAGGACUCUGAGCACACCUACUGGAAAAUCCUGCCCAGUGUGCCUCAAAACCUUUGCUACCAAAGCCAACGUACGCCGUCAUUAUGAUGAGGUGCACCGUGGUCUGCGGAGGGACACCAUCACACCCAGCAUUUCUUCGCGACCUGGCCAGCCCUUCUCUCUGGAGGUCACACCCCCCAGGAAGAGCAACAAUUCCUCUCCGACACGUGGCCACCACUCCAAGUCCACCCCUGUGAACUCUAAAACAACGCCUUCAAACCAAAACCAAGCCAAACCUCAGAGUCCACUUCCAGCCUCUCCACAGGCGAACCCGGCUUCAUGUCGCUGCACGCUCUGCAAGAGGAACUAUAGCUCUCAGCUUAUGUUGAAGAGGCACAUGCGUAUCGUCCACAAGAUCUACAGCAUCAAAAGUAACAGGUCUGCUACCACGACAACCUCCACUACUACAGCAGCCACUCCUAACAGCAGCAGCGCCAGCUUGGGCCCCAGCAACAACAUCCGAGUGAAAGAGGAAGCGGUUGAACCCUCAGAAGAAGACGACGAUGAGGACAUUGACAGCAGCCCGGCCCCGUCUCCCAGUGACAGCACUGGCACAAGUAAAGGUGUUUCUGUGGCACAUAACGCCAUGAAGGUGAAGGAGGAGGAAGCCCCGUCGAGCCCAAAGCUGACAUCACCCUUAUCCUCAUCCACCUCGCGUGCGGGCAACACGUGCAGCGGGGGAAUGGUCAACAAAAUGACUAAACUGUCUGUGGGUUUUGACUUCAAGCAGCUCUUCUGUAAGCUGUGCAAGCGACAGUUCAGCUCACGUCAGAACUUAUCUAAGCACAUUGAGCUGCACACGGAUGGCAACGACAUCUUCAUUAAGUUCUACCGCUGCCCUCUCUGCCGCUAUGAGUCACGUCGCAAACGUGACGUCCUGCGCCAUGUGACUGUGGUCCAUAAGAAGUCAUCUGGGUACCUAGCCAAGAUCAUGCCCAAGCUGGAGAGCAGGGCAGUCAAGAGGCUAGCUGAGGUCGUCCUCAACAACACGAACCCUAAGCGAGCAAGCGGCACCGUCAAGGAGGAAGUGAACGGACGCCACACCUCAUCGUCCUCUUCCUCCUCUCCCUCACCUCCUGUCACUCGCAAGCAAGAGUGCUCCACAACCGCCCCAACCGCCGGAUCAGCCUUGACCUCCUCCUCUUCUUCCUCCGCACCGCCGCCAGCUCCCGUCACUCGGAAACAGCAGGACCUCUCGUCCGCAACGUUCACCCCGUCCCCUCCUGUAACCCGUAAGCAGGAGAGACAACAAACCCAUCAGCACCGCCCCGUCACCCCACCAAUGACCCGCCGCAGUGAUAAACACACACACCAGCGCAACUCCUCCUCUUCCUCCACCUUACCCAGCAACCAAACUCCACACACCCGGCGGCAUGACACCCAGACAGAGAGCAGCAGCACCGGGACAUCCUCCACUGAAGUCAGGGUGACCAAGAAUUUCUCCCUGCACGCCUGCGACCAGUGUGGACGGGCCUUUGCUAAGAAGUUGUACCUGGAGUCUCAUAAGCGAAGCCAUCGUAACGCAGCAACGGCAGCAGCCAACAGGAGGAAAGGAGUCAGCACCCGCUCCAAAUCCCUGGUCUGGUGAAAAAACACAGUGUCCACAGGGGAUGAUGGGCGAGCGAGCCACUAACAAUGAAGAAGAGAAAACUUUUCAAUCAGAAAAAAAAACAGACGGAUGGAACAAGCACAGACAAGAGAUGAAGGAAACAAACAAAAAGGAACAAUGGAGCAUGAUAGAGGAACGAAGGAAGUAUGAAGGAUUUUCCACCUUUUUGCUUAAGAACCAAAUAUAUUAUUGGAGAUUUUUGUAUAGAUUCAUUAUGAAGCCAGCCAGCUGUAGUGCACAAACUGGCCGGACGGUGGCGCUGCUAUCCACGGAGAGACUGUAGUGAAAAGUAGAUUCACUACUACUGUAUAUAUCUGUAUUUACUUACUACAGUAUGUAAAUAUAGAUCCAUACACAGAUGACUGACUUGUACUGCUUUGCUCUUGGUAAACAAAGUUAACAAAAAGGAUGAAGACAUACUAUGGAUGUGUGUGUGUGUGUCUCUGUCUGUCUGUGUGUGUGUGUGUGUGUGUGUGUGUGUGUGUGUGUGUGUGUGUGUGCAUGCGUGCACGAGUGUGAAAGAAGGAGGGAAUCAGAACUGGAUUGUGUCCUCCAAAAAACUGACUGGAAACAAACGUUUUUUGUUUUUUUUUUUCCCGAUAAGAAAAAGCAGAAUUUGACCCUUAACAAUCCCACACCAAUGCAGAAAACCUUGGGUCCUUAGCUAUUAGCAUUUCAAACCAAUUAAUUUUCAACUUGUACUGUAUGUAUAAUCCCACCUUAAAUAGUGUGCUGAGAGUGAAGAAUACAACAGAAUAUCAACAGAAUAUACAUAUUCAUCCCCUACUUUUCCCCUGACAUAGACAAGUGUUUUCCUUCCUGUAAUUCUUCAGAAGGGUAGAUUCUUGCCUUAGAGUGGAAAAUCACUUUCAUCUUCUCGUGUAAGCGCUUCCUGUUGACACAGAGGAGCAAACAGAUCGCUGCACUGUAACAUUCGUCAUGCUAGCAGUCCAUAGUCUGAUUUAGUCACCUGUUGUAUUUGCUUUACUGUCUGACCAACAGCAGUCUUAUAAAAGAGGAUCAAAAAGUUCAUAAAUUACAGGGUAUGGUCAAAAUAAGAGAAAACCAAAAGUGCAUUUUGCAGUUUUCUUUAAAAACUGCUGUUUCGUAUAUCACUUAUUUUCUGUUCUUUUCUGCUGGACUGAUUGCAUGCUUGUGAAAGGUAUUUCCUUUACUUUGACCGUAUCCUCUUUUACCUUCAUAUAUCAGACAGGUGAUCAGCCUCAGCAAUAGACUGGUUGUAAAAAAAAAAAAAAAAACCCGCCAGACUAUGGUCAUCAGUCUUUUUUUUUUUUUUUUUUUUUUUUUUUAAUCGAUUAUUUUCUUGGCAUUUCUGCUUUUUUCGACAGCGACAGCCAAGGGUGCUGGUCGCAAUUGAACCCGCGCCACUGCGGUAAUGAUACGUGGUACACACUCUACACAGUGAGCCACCGGAGCGCCGCUAUGGCCAUCAGUUCUGUGUAGGUUUGCUAGGACUAAAGGAGUUAUGCUCUGAAAUGAAGCAAAGUGUCACCUUUGCUCACAGAAUAAUCAAAAUCCUACAAAAGGCACUAAUUAUGAUGAUAUAAAACAAUAUGUGGUAGCACAAUGAUAAUACGUCUAUGUUACAUUAAUUUUCCUUUAAAUAUGGAUUAUUUUGGGACAUAACAGCUCAGUUCAACUGUUAACUCUAAGGUACAGUAUGCUACCACUGGCGAAACAUUCAAACUAUCAAAUAUACAAUCAUUAAGGCCUACAUGGCAGAUCAUUUGUGUUAAUGCAUGAGAAUCCAAUUAACAGUGAGCAGGAAAGAUAGACCUGCCCAUUGAUUGAGUGGUAAUGUGUGAAUGCACAUUUUUGCAGACAGGCAGCUUUUAGUUUUACUGUAACAGCCGUACUGCUUCAGACAUUACAAACCAUUAACUGGAAUACUUCAAUUUCUGCGUCCAGCGACAUAAUUUUGUCAUCUUGCUUGUUACAAACUUUCAGAAAGCAGUUGCAACACAGCAUCACUGCACUGUACUCCACUUACUGCUGUAAUCUACUGUUGGUGGUGCUAGUCAUGAUCAUAAUGGGCCAAAAUAUGGGAGAUGUAAACACACACACAUAAAAAGGAAAGCUACAUGCCUGAGUAAGAAACAUCAUUUAAUUCUCCUAACGUAGAAGUUUACAUUCAAGUUUUUGUUCCAUUAACAAAAUAUGCAGGGGCUCCUUAAAUCAACUUUUAAACUAUUUUAUUUUUAAACCCGUAUAAUCGCCAUUUAUUUGAACUACACUAAAUGCUGCAUCAGUUCCAUUCAAAAUGUGCUUUCAUGUACUCAAACUUGAGGGGGGCUGCGCUUGUUGGACACACCCCGAGGUAGUCUUUGAAACACUGGCACAUGACAGGAGGAGGGAGGAAAGGAACGGAGGAAGACCAAAUGUAGAUAUGUCUUAAUGUUCAAACAGAAAGCCAUGAAAUGGAACAAAACCAGAAAAAAGGAAAGACCAAACUCUAUUUUUAUAACUGAAAACGCUAGUGCAACAAGGUCUUGAAAACGUGUAUUGAUUCAUCCCACAUGGAUGGUAUAAAUAAUAGUUAUAAUAGUCACAAUAGUUAUUGACUUGUACUUAACUGUUGGUUGACCAUAUGCUUCAAACAUGUCUGACUAGUUACUACUCUGUCAAUGUUUAAUACUGAGGCAACUUUGCAUUGUUCCAGGAUUAGUUGUCUUUUUUUUUUUUUUUUGUAUCUCAUUCCUUUUGAAGGACAUGUUUUUUGUUUUUUUGUUGGAAUGUGUCAGGAGGAGAACAGGAAUCAAACCUCAAGAGAUUCUUAAGCCUUUUUUUUUUCUCCUUUACAUCUUGUCAUUUCCUUCAUCGUCAGUUGUAAUAUGUUAUUAAGCUCACCUUCUAGAGAACCUGAGAGGAGUUAGAGAAGCCUUUCAAAUGUGACAAGAAUGUUAAAACCAACCACUUAUGUACUAAAUAAAAAAUGUACUGCUUCAAAACCUC